CCUCAGUCUGCAUCUGUUGCAGUAGGUGGCUUUGCUUGAAGUAUGUAAGGAAAGCUCCGCCUCAUGCAGUGUUUCCGGGCGCUGUGCUGCAAGGGACCCCCGCCCGCGCGCCCCGAGUAUGACCUGGUCUGCAUAGGCCUCACGGGCUCCGGCAAGACCAGCCUGCUGUCCCGGCUCUGCAGCGAGAGUCCGGAGCACGUCGUCUCGACCACAGGUUUUAGUAUAAAAGCGGUGCCGUUCCAGAACGCCGUCUUGAACGUGAAGGAGCUCGGAGGGGCCGACCACAUCCGGAAGUACUGGAGCCGCUACUACCAGGGCUCCCAGGGGGUGAUCUUCGUGCUCGACAGCGCGUCUUCCGAGGGCGAGCUGGAGACGGCGAGGAACGAGCUGCACUCGGCGCUGCAGCACCCGCAGCUCUGCACGCUGCCCUUCCUGAUCCUCGCCAACCACCAGGACAAGCCGGCCGCCCGCUCGGCCCAGGAGGUCAAAAAAUAUUUCGAGCUUGAGCCCCUGGCCCGCGGAAAGCGCUGGAUUCUGCAUCCCUGCUCGCUGCACGACACGGACGCCCUGAAGGACAGCUUCGCGCAGCUGAUCAACCUGUUGGAGGAGAGGGACCAGGACGCUGCAAGGCUGUGACACCGCCGAGGGCCUCAGCCUCCCGGGUGGCUGCCGUCGGGCGUGAGACGUGCCCCUCUCCUCUCGC